AUAACAAAAGUGAAAUUGUGCAGGAAAUUCCUCACAAAUAUACUAAAAUAAGCAACUGGAUUGGGACGUCAUCGAACAGCAGGAACAUGGAAUUGUCUACCGAUAAGGUUUUUGACUGUGGCAGCGAAUGUGAACGUGAGAAGAAGCACGACAUGAUGUUAGAUUUGAGUUUAAACGACCAAAAAACCGAGAAUCUCUUUGCGGGCUCCGACCAGACGCCGACACCAACACGCCUGAUACGCAAUUGUGAAGAAGUGGGACUCUUCGAAGAUUUACGUCAUGUCAAUCCCUUCGAGGAGACUUUUCGACGUGCCUGCGAACAACACAAUGGACAGACACCAAUACGUCAACUCGAUUCAGUAGAGAUGCAUGCCGAUGAAGAUUCACUACACACACCGCAAGUGUAUCCACAUCUGGAAGCGAUACAGAGCUGUGAAAUGCUCAGCAAACCGCUGGACAGUCCCACUUCGGCAACGGUGACGCUGGACGUACCCGUCGUGGAUGAGAUACUUAACGCGGCAACGGACGCUUACAAAAUCGGCACAUCACGACAGAACUCAAACAAUUCGACCACAUCUUCGGGGGGAUAUGGAAAAAUUUAUAAAUAUCGCACAAUCGCUGAAAAACCAGUAGCAGCACCUGAAGUGCAAGUGCCAUACAUACAACUACCCACCACAGCGAUACAGUUCAUACAACCACAGUUGAUUACAUUGACGUUCCCCGAGAACAAUACAAACAAAACACUGAGCAGUAAUUUAGAAGCCAAACCAGCGGGUGUCUUAGCGACCAAUGCAAUACCCAUACAGACGGUUAAGCCCUUCAUAAUGCCAAAAUUAGCACCAGCGUCAACAACUCCCAACACAAAAAAAGCAACAACACAAUUGCCACCGUUGAGCACAAAAACUUCCGCCACCACCACAACGGCAGCACUUACCACUACCACCAGCGCGACUGCUACCGUUGCAUCACUACCUACGCCGACACAACAUGAACCUAGUAGCGCCAGCCUUACACCCACCUCGCAACUACCCAUCAAGGAGCGUCUAAAGGCUAUACUGAGCCACGGUAAUAAAACACACACGGCGGCGGCAACGCCGGUGACAAAAACCACUAGUAGCACACGACGUGCGCGCAAUUCAGCAACCGGUGCUUGUAAGUAUGAUGAAGAUUGUAUGGUACGUCGACGUGCGGCAGCAACGCGUUAUCGCAACAAGAUGCGCAACGAACAUAAAGAUUUGAGGCGCCGCAGCGGUGAACUGCAAGCGGAGAAUGAAAAAUUGCGGGCACGUAUCAAGCAACUAGAGCAGGAGCUGGCUAAAAGUCAACAACAACAACAGCAGCAACAAAUAUUGCAGGCAACAAAUGGUGCUUUACAAGCAAUGCCGACACAAAUGCAAAUUCCACCUUCAACAUUGCAUUUGGUAAUGAAUAUACCAACAAUGGUUGUGCCGUCAGCCGGACAACCAUCUCUGGUGCAGCCCAUAACAUAUCGUGUAGAGAAGAAAUAAAAGUUUUAAGUUUAUCGAACUCGAAAAUGGCUUACAAGUCUUCCACAGAGUGUUAAACUGCUAAUUAAGUGACUUAAUGGCGUAUAUAAAAUAGUGAAACUAGUUUAGAAAUGUGAUUGUAUUAGCACAAAGUGCGUUUGUUAUAAAUACGUGCUUAUUUAGCAAUUAAUUAUAUAUAUUAUAAUAAUUUAUUAAUGAUUUAUUAUCGAUUAUUUGAUUUAUAUUAUUUAUGCAGUAAACUCAAUUAUAUAUGAUUUCGUAUGUAAAUCAGUUGACAUGAAAUAAAACUAAAUAUAAAUUAUGUUUAAAUAUAAACUAA